CCAAGUUCAGAACCACUCAAGACACUGAGAGAAAAAAACAAAACUCCGGAAUCUUACAAACCGUCUCUUGUUAAUCGUAGGAACCUUGCUUAUAAUAUCUUGAAAAAUCUCGAGGACGAUAUCAUCAGAGAUAAAGAAAUUCCAGAGCUAUACCAAUCUGUGGACAUCUAUAUCACAGGAUAUGCAUUGAGAAAAGCUUCUAAUGAUCAUGCUGAAUACAUGCCUAUUCCUGAUUAUGGAAAGAAUAUUGAUAUCAUAGAACCAUUUUCUACUAAUCAAGAGUCACCAUCAUCCCAAUUGGGUGAAAUUUCAGCCUUAUACAACAGGAUGAGUGAAAGCUUUAUUCUAUCUUCACCAAUCUUACGGAUG